UCUCAAUCUGUCCUUUGCAACCCAUCUUCAAUUUUCAUUUCAAUCUAAAAUUAUUGAUUAGCAAUGAUGCCAAGAUUAUCAAAAAAUUAAGAAAAAGGAAGGUGCACUUAAGACAGAGGAGCCUUAUAAAACAAAAGCAUAGUAGAUUGCCUCCCUCAGGCUCAGGAAAACUUGACCACAUAUUGGUCAUUAGACAUUUGAUAUGCCAUGGGUGCUUUCCCUAAUUACAAAAAAAGAUGAAUUAUAACAUAUAAAUAGGGACACAUAAUAGUGGUAGUAUAGUGUUCAAGAAACAAUAUGGGCAUUCCACAUGUUCUAGCUAUACCUUAUCCAGCACAAGGUCAUGUACUUCCCCUAAUGGAACUUGCCUUGCGCCUAGUCAAGAAUGGCAUCAAGGUUACAUUUGUGAACACGGAAUUUGAUCACAAACGAGUCAUUGAAUCGUUAUCAGGUGAAGAAAAUGUACCUGAUAUGAUGCAUCUGGUAUCCGUCCCAGAUGGCCUGGAAUCGUGGGAAGACAGAAAUGACCUAGGGAAGUUAACAAAGACAAUUUUUCGUGUUAUGCCUGCAAAGUUGGAGGCUCUAAUGGAGAAGAUGAAUGAAUCUGAAACUGACAAAAUCACAUGCCUUAUUACUGAUGAGAGCAUGGGUUGGGCACUGGAGAUCGCGAAGAAAAUGGGAGUCAGGGCUGUAGCCUUCUGGCCUGCAGCAGCAGCUGUAUUGGCUCUGGAACUCAAUAUUCCAAAGCUCAUUCACGAUGGAAUCAUAGACAGCUCUGGAACUAUCACGAAGAAGCAGAUGGUCCAGUUAUCAUCCACCAUGUUAGCCGUGGACUCUGAACACUUUGCUUGGGCCAGUGUCGGUGAUGCGACCACACAGGGUAUUGUUUUUUAUGCUAUAUUAAAAAAUAACAGAACAUUAAAAAUGGCUGAUUGGAUUAUCGGCAACUCGAGUAAUGAGUUAGAGGCAUCAGUUUUUACCUUAUUUCCAGAAAUGUUGCCAAUUGGCCCUCUUCUAGCUAGCAACCAGCUUGGAAGAUCAGUUGGUUCCUACUGGCCUGAAGACUCGGAUUGCUUGGCGUGGCUUGAUAAACAACCAGUCCAAUCAGUCAUUUAUGUUGCAUUAGGGAGCUUCACAGUUUUUGACCAGACACAGUUUCAAGAACUGGCUCUAGGCCUUGAACGCACCAAUAUGCCAUUCCCGUGGGUUGUGAGGCGGAAUUUAACAGCAGAAACAGAUAAUGCAUAUCCAAAAGGUUUCAAAGAGCGAAUACAAGGACGAGGAAGAUUAUCCAGUUGGGCACCUCAACAACAGGUGCUGAGUCAUCCUUCAGUUGCCUGCUUCCUCAGCCACUGUGGUUGGAAUUCUACAAUUGAAGGUGUUGGAUUAAGAUUGGAAAAAGAUGGAAUUGGAAUCAUUGCACAAGGAGAAGUUAAGAACAAAAUUGAGCAGCUAGUCACUGUUAAAGGCUACAAGGAGAGGGCCUUGGAUUUAAAAGCAAAAGUUAUGAGUAGUCUUAGAGAAGACGGAUGUUCUGGCAAGAAUUUCAACAACUUUGUCAAGUGGAUUAAGGAUGAUUAG